AUGGCCAAGCGACGGCUGAAGCAUACACGCCGCUCGUGGUCGAAUGCCUUCGAGUCAACGAUGUCGGUCAAGCUAAGAGACUGCAAUCUCACAAAAAUGCCCCACAAAUAUAUUGUAUCCUGGAACACGAUGCUUUCUUUAUAUGCAAAAUCAGGGUCUGUUGAGAAUUUGAGAGCAUUGUUUGAUCAGAUGCCUUCUCGUGAUUCUGUUUCUUAUAACACCGUGAUUGCAGCCUAUUCUGGUAAUGGCCAGGUUGUUCAUGGGAAAGCCGUUCUUUCGGGAGUUGAUAGCGAUUUCCUUGUGUCUAGUGCUCUUGUUGAUAUGGGUUAUGCACAGAAUGGACAGGAUUUAGAGGCACUGUCCCUUUAUGAAAAUUUGUUGCAAAAGAAGUUGAAACCCGAUGAUGUUACAUUUGUGGCUGUUCUAUCCGCUUGUAGCCAUGCUGGUUUAGUUCAAGAAGGACGUUGA